AUGUGGUGGUUCAGGUGUCUCACAAACUUUUUGGAGCGUGAGUUCAUGGUUGGCUUGAUCUGCUCCAAAUUGUUGUGGAUCGAGCUCAGAAUAAAAGGCGGAAGAUACCGAAGCUCCAGACGAAAAUUGUCGUACUCAUUGUCCCAGGUUUCGUGGGCCAAAUCCUGCUCAAAGGCCAGCAGGUCGUCAAAAGUCUUGACCGGUGUCUCCUCAGGGCCCUCGACAGAACCUCUUCUUGACGAGGGCGGAGACAGGUGUUCCAGAUGGGAAGGGGCUGUUUCGAUAAUCUUUGAGUGUUUCUUGGUCAUGGUGGCUGGUUAG